UCAGUGCCGUUCUGCCACUGCCGACGUCAACGUCGCCGCUGCCGUCGCCGCGAGUUGGAAAAAUUUCGUAUUGAAAUUCAAAUUUCGUUUGGAUCCCAGCUUUAUUUUCAAUUGCACACUCGACCGGAGAGCUUCGUUUUGGCGUCAAUCUUCUCUCUCGUUCUUUCGUUCCUAACGCGAGUGCAUAGCCAAACACUAGAAAAGUUGAGAUUCUCACUGUGAGAUAUUGUUAUAUAGUGCUCCAUAGUUCACAAUGCCCUCCGGUAUAAGACCCAUCGAUGUUCUGCUGGAACGUGCCGGUGUGCGCGGCCACCAGCGUGCACCGUCCGACUCCAAGGAGUUCCAUGAGGUGACCAAACGGGAUGCACUUCGUCUGCUGGAGCACGAUGUGGACCGUCUGCUGGAGACCACUGAGAAGGCCCGCCAGCCUGCCCUCAAGGCAGAAAUGGGUCGUUUCGCCGAUCUGUUCGGACGUUUCAUUCAGGAAGAGGGUCCCGCAUUGGACUGGAACAAGAUUCAGAAGCUGCCUGAGAAUGCUGUGAUGAACUACUCGAAUCUUAAGUCGCCCAAGAACGAGCAGAUCCGCAACAUGUUGGAUAAAUUGGUGGUCAUCAAGCUGAACGGUGGUUUGGGCACCUCAAUGGGUUGCCAUGGUCCCAAGAGUGUGAUUCCUGUGCGUUCGGAUCUUACUUUCCUGGAUCUGACCGUGCAGCAAAUCGAGCAUCUCAACAAGACCUACGAUGCCAAUGUUCCGCUGGUACUGAUGAACUCCUUUAACACCGACGAGGAUACCGAGAAGAUCGUGCGCAAGUACAAAGGAUUCCGUGUGCAGAUCCACACCUUCAACCAGAGCUGCUUCCCGCGCAUUAGUCGCGAGCACUACCUGCCGGUGGCCAAAGACUUUGAUGUCGAAAAGGAUAUGGAAGCCUGGUAUCCACCUGGACACGGUGACUUCUACGAUACCUUCCGCAACUCUGGCCUGCUGAAGAAGUUCAUCGAGGAGGGCCGCGAGUAUUGUUUCUUGUCCAACAUCGAUAACCUGGGCGCCACCGUCGAUCUGAACAUCCUCAAUAAGCUGGUGGGCGAGGAGCGGGCCACUACUCCAGUGGAGUUUGUCAUGGAGGUCACCGACAAGACCCGUGCUGACGUUAAGGGUGGUACUCUCAUUCAAAUGGAAAACAAGCUGCGCCUGUUGGAAAUUGCUCAAGUGCCACCAGAGCAUGUGGAUGACUUUAAGUCGGUUAAGACCUUCAAGUUCUUUAACACCAACAACAUUUGGGCCAACCUGGCAGCCAUUGAUCGCGUUUUGCGUGAGCGUACCUUAAACAUGGAAAUUAUUGUGAACAACAAGACGCUGGAGAACGGAACCCGUGUCAUUCAGCUGGAGACUGCUGUGGGUGCGGCCAUGAAGUGCUUUGAUGGCGCCAUCGGCAUCAAUGUGCCGCGUUCCCGUUUCUUGCCCGUGAAGAAAUCUUCAGAUCUGCUGCUGGUCAUGUCAAAUUUAUAUACGCUUAAGAACGGCAGCCUGGUAAUGUCGCCACAGCGAAUGUUCCCUACCACGCCGCUCGUCAAGCUGGGAGAGAACCACUUCUCGAAGGUCAAGGAGUUCCUGGGUCGCUUUGCCAACAUCCCGGACAUCAUUGAGCUGGAUCACUUGACCGUGAGCGGAGAUGUGACUUUCGGUCGUGGCGUUUCUUUGCGCGGCACUGUGAUCAUCAUUGCUAACCAUGGCGAUCGUAUCGAUAUCCCAGCUGGAGCCAUUCUGGAGAACAAGAUUGUAUCUGGCAAUAUGCGCAUCUUGGACCACUAAAUCAAAUCCUGUACAAUUGGAUAUCGUCUCACUAACUGUAGUCUAAUUGUCUAAGUUUUAUGUAGUAGCCAUGUUCGCGUUUCAAAUUUCCAAUAACGAAUUUCAUUUAGCCAAUUGUUGUAAGCACAAAGUGUGUCAUCUGUAUAUAUCGUUAAGUAGAAAUCAGUCAGGGUUUUUAAUCAAAAUCGAAUUGCAAUAUGUUUUCAAAAAUGUUAGUUGUAGUCGUUCAAAUGAGAUAUAAAAGAUAGCAGCUGUUGAAACUCAAUAAAGGCAUGUUUAUUUCUAUAAAUACGAAGGAGAUUGUCACCUAUUGGAUGUGAGAUAUUUGUGAUGCUUAACAUUAGGUCUUAAAUUAAUAUCACUUUGAAAAAUGGCACAGGAAUGGCACUAGCCAAGUUUCAUUCCCCUUGCUUUCAGUUUUCUAUGACUUUUCUAAAUCGUCAAUUAGACUAUAGUUCUUGCUUAUAUGACCAAGUUUUAUGCCCUGUUUGAUUAGUUCUAAUGCUAUCUUUUUAUUGCUACUCGAUGGACCAAUAAAGGCCACGACUAGUUCAUCUGCAUCUUUUGGAGGUUCACAGCUGUGAUCCCAACCUCUGGCCUCGUAGAUGUUUUCGUCCCCAGCCGCAACGAAAUUAUAGUUAAUAUCCUUAUAUCCAUUGCUCUCGAUGUGCCAAUUUUGCAGAAGGCGCACUCGAAAAGUGCACUCGGCUUGAGUGAAACAUGAUGGCGUGUUGGUUGCCACAAAUCUCACGCUCUCAAUUGGCAGCUUCAAAGGAGUAAGUGGCACUAUAGGUGGCUGGGCCAACCAAUAGGGUCGGGUAACGAUCUUUACAGUCUCAUUGCUUAGGAGUCGCACUGAAAAUAAAUUUUGAAAAU